AUGACGAUUUCAGCAAAAAUGAUCGGUGCAAUGCCAGCAGUGGCCGUGCGUCAUGAGAGGAGACGGGCUGAGAAGAGGAGCAGGCGACCCUCGCAGUUACCGCUGCAGCUGGGCCGGCUGGAGGACGGGACGCCCUCGCCCGACCACAACCUGCGGGGAGACCUGUACGUGUGUGGGAAGGUGGCCUUCCUCCACGGUAUAGUUGGUUCCCUGUUGUUGGGGAUCGUGAUCCUGGUGGUAGGGCUGGUGCAGCUGUCCCCGGGAGCGGAGGCUGCUCAGCAUCGAUACUACCUGAUGGGCGCCGGGGGACUACUGGUCACACUCGGGGUACUGGGAGCUGUGCUCAGAUGCCUCUGCCUGCACUGGUACAACAUGAAAUACCGCGAGGAGUACGAGGAGCGUGUCCGCAGCCACCACAAGAACUGUGUGAGUGUGGUUGAGAGUCACCACGAGCGGCCGCGGCUGAAGCCCCAGGCCAGCGUGCACGACGUGGACCUCAUCAAGCAGCCCUCAGUAGCCAGCGACACUUAG